UGAUAGUUAUAGCGCUCUACAAACAGAGGCUAGAUCGGUCUGGUGAAAACGGAGCAGUGUUUUAUAAAGUUAGCUUAGAUUCGUUAGAAUCCUUGGUGAUAGAGCCAAUCAAAACUGUUUUAACAAAUAGUGCGUGUCUGGGAGUUCAGCUUUCCGCUAAUCACAGGUACAUGGUAUACAACUUGAGGCGACUUUCAACUGAAGGGGUCUACAUCAUGCACGAGAAGGAUGUCGUUACCAUGGUGAUCAGUCUGGAAAACACUGAAGAGCAACCGGAAAUAUUUUGUGACCCCAAACCUGCAGAUGAUUCAUUAACAAUAUCUUACUUCUUUCCAAGUGUGUCUGAAGACCUCGUCGCAAAUGAAUCUGAACCGGAUGUUGUUUUCCUAUGGGAUCGUCACUCGCAUAAAGUCGUUUCCAGGUUACACCAUCACACUUGUGUGAGUGCUGUUGCCUUCCACCCACGUGACCAGGAAGUCCUAGCUAGUGUAGCAGACGAUAAAAAACUCAGAAUAUGGACGUCUUUGAUUAGAAAAGAGAGCUAUAUAAUUGAUUAA